CUACGACUACAAGAAUACAAGACCAGAGACGGGAGUAUUCUCUGACCGACCAGAGCAUUGAAUGUAUGUUCACGCGGUCAGGUUUGCGGUUCGUUUCAUUUUCCAGCGGCGUACAUGUUCAUUUGCCGAUCGUAUAUAGUUCCCCGACGCCAUUGUUAUAAUACCCGGAGACGUUACGUGUGUGUGUAUAUGUGUGUAAAUUUCACUAGUGUGUUGACAUAAAACUUGAAAAUUUUUCUUUUAUUAUUGUCACAAAAAAAUAAUUGACAAAACUUUUUUUUUGUCCUGUUUUUUCAAAAAGAAAAAAAGAGAUUACAAUUUUCUGACUACCGGUUUCGAGGGUUAAAAUCCCUUUAUUAGAGGGAAAUACUUAUAUCUUGACAAAAAAGCCGGCUUAACUUUUUUUUGUUUGUUUUCUUAACUGAUUUUCUGAUUUUUGACAACGCCAAAACGCCCUGUCGUCGCGGGCUUUUACAUUGACAAGAGUGCGUUACGAAAAAUUUAUAAAUUUUUUUUUCAUGAAUCCUAAUUCUCGAGAAAUAUACUCGAAAGUGUAGUGUGUGAUUUUUUUUCGGUGAUACAAAACCAGUACUUGUUACGAUUCUCAUUUGGUUUUUUGCUUUUCUUUCAAAGUGUGGUUUUUUGCUCGUGUUUAUAUUUAGUGGUUUUUUUUUUUUUAAAGUGAAUUAUGUGAUUGUGCUUUUUGACAUCAAAAGGAUCCUUUUUUGCAACAUUUAUCAAAUCUGAAAAACCAAAGCAUAAACGGACCUGAUACAAAAGAGCCUCUCGUAUAUAUAUAUAAUGCAGGGAGUGGCGUGUCGGAAAGGGUGGUGGUUCACCAUUCUAUGGACGGCGUCGGUAGCUGUGCUGUUAGCCGGACUACCCCUCGCAAACGGAAAUUGUGAAUUUCCAGCGAGUUGGAAAGGGAAAUGGUUUUUACAUGGUCGUGAUUCACCAGUCAUUGUGAAUUCAACAACUUUUGAAAAUAAAACCUGUAUUGAGAGUAACAAGGAGGAUGUAUUCGUGGUUCGCGAUAAUACAGAGGGCUGUUAUCGAUGUAUGAUCAUUAAUCUCCGUCACGAGAGCGUCAUUCAAUAUCGAGAAAGUGACUGUAGUCAAAAGCAAACACUGUCUCAAAUGUCAGAGGCUAUUAAAUUAGAUGAAAGUCUCAACACCAUGUUUCGGGUGGAUGCGAAACCGAUCCCUUGUCCAUUUCAAGGACCACCGUUCACCUUUUCCUAUAGUCGUGGUCGUGGCGAUUGUAAAGUACCAGAAAAUCAAGCUGAGAGUUGUACAGAUGAUAGCAAAUUGAUCUUCAAGUACCAAGCAUGUCCUGAUAUUGCUGGCACCGAAAGCAGCACCGAGGAACUGCAGUGCCUGGCCACUUGGAGAGAAGGGUCACGUAACACGUACUUGGUUGGAACUUUGAAGCCCGGCAGCACCGGCAGCAGAACUACUGUGGUGAACGAAGUAUACAGAUGUUUCUUGUUUGAGAAAACUCACCGUCAAGGGAAAGUUGAAUAUCAACUGGCCCAGUCUGGGGAUGCAACCUGCAAUGGCCUGACUACUGUUUCCGAGGGGUCGCAAACCAUAAAACUCACAAAGGAAGAUAAAGAACGUCGAAAAUGUAAAUAUCCUUCUUGGGUUCUUAAACAUCACGCCUGGCAUACUUUGAACGGUGCAAAGAAUUAUCAUUUUCUCGCUGGUAAUUCAACUUUAAAAGUUUCUUAUAAGGAUGAAAAUGUCACGUCACAGCAUGAGGAGAAAAUUGUUUGCCACAAUUUGGAGACUGAGCAAAAGGCAAACUCGGGAACAUCAGUGAAAUUGGUCGCUCACGUCACUAGUGGCUGUGAUAUUGGUUACGUUUGUAUGAUCUUCCAUCAGCGAGACCAACACAUAAUAGAAAUACAGCAAUCCGAGCAAAAGGCAAUCAUACCAGAUGAAGCUUGUAAACUUUGGGAUCCAUCUCGAAUGCCAUAUACAACAUUGAUAACGUCAUCACUCCAUAAAAGAAGAUGUCCUCAACCAGGUCGAUAUUCAAUAUUAAAUUCAUUACCAUCUCAAGCAUUAUCGAGUAUGCGAAGGCGAAAUAAGAGACGAGCAAAAUCAGCAGAAUCCACAACCAGUAAAAUUCGACAAGAUGAUGAAUAUGAGCAAUGCAGAAGUACUGACGUUCACAUUGGAUGCAAUUCCAUGGACCAAAAUGAAGUCAUUAUGGCACAAUCUUGCAAAAGUGGAGAAAUAGCUACAUUGUACUCUUGCCAAGGUAGUUGGGAGGAAAAUGGAACUUGGUUUACGAUAGUGUCUCGAAAUAAGUCAAGCUCAGAAAGACAAACUCACUGUUUCUCCAUGCGAUUCAGCGACCCAUCCGACAAGUUAGGUGGAAGAAAUAGCCGAAUGGAUUCAUCAGAACAAGAAUUGUUAUUGUCUAAACCAUCAAAUUUAUGCCAAAGAAAUGUCGAUGAUCAAUGGUCCUAUCGAUUAAUGAGUCAAGGUGUCUGUGAGGAUUUGACAAAAGCGGCUUCAAGCUCAGCCUCCUCGUCAUCAAGAGUUUCAUUCGCAUUGCUUAUUGGAGCCGCUGUGAUGAGUCGACUCUUAUCAAGAUGAUGUGUGCCAACAAUUUCCAAAGUUCUUUACUCACAAAUUUAUUAAAAGGUAGUAAAAAAACAAAAAAAAACUUUUAUUACUAUCGAGUUGGCAGAUCGACAGUAUUUAUAAAAAAAAAAAAUCUCUAUAAGUAUAUCAUCUGACAUCGACUGAUUUCAAAAAAAAGAGAAGAAAAAAAACUUGAUCAUAAGUUCAAAGUUGUACAGUUUUUAGACGACAAGAGACAAAUUUAAUUGUGUCGUCAAUUUAUUAUAACGAACCGGUAAUUAUAAACUAACGUUCCUUGACCGUUGUCAAAUCGUUUCAGUUCAAAAUUACCAAAAGUAUUGAUAAAAAAAAAAUAUUUAUAUAUAUAUAUUCAAAGUAUCAAAAUACUUUUACUAAAAAAAAAGUAUCAAAAAAAGUAUAGCGAAAAUAUUUAAAGUAUCAAAAUACUUUGGAUUUUUUUUAAAAUUAUACUUUUCAAAUUGAAAUUUUAAAUACUUCAUCUUAUUUAUUUUUUUAUUUAUUCGUUUCAUUAUUCCAAAGUGAAUUAAAAAGAAAAAGAAAACGCGAGACAAUGGUCUUUGAAUGCGACCACUUCUAAAGAUAUUUAUAUAUAUAAAAAUAUAAAUAAAUAUAUAAAUAUAUAUAAAUACAUUAUAAAUAUUUAAAUAUGAGUGUUUUUUAUUUAAUCUCGAUGCUGUAAAUACGAUCAGGGUAUAAGUAAUUAAGAUUUCAAAAAAAAAAAAGAAAAAACCCAAUUGAACGACAAACGAAAAAAAAGAUCGAAUGAAAAAAAUACUAUUCAUAUAAGUUUAAAAAAAAACUGAUCGAAACCUAAAAUCGAACUAAAUAGCGAUUGAGGAGGAAUGAUUUUUAUUGUUCUUUAGCUAGUUGCACACAUCUGUAAAUAACAAUUUUAAUAUUGUACUAUAAUAAGACUGUUUAUAAGAAGAAGAAAAAAAAAGAAGAGCGGGUGGGACGAGAAUUAAACUGAAAACAAAGUCCAAUAUCGUUUUGGCUGCUAAUUAGAAUUAAUCGUGAUAGGUCUACGAGUGCGAAAGGAAUUUAUUUAUUCAAGACCUUUCUUGGAUUAUUUGAAUUCUAAAAGCUCUUCGCUGCCAACUUUAUACAUUAUAGAAAUCAUAUAAGAAUGGACCAAAAACUGGUCUUGAGAAUUCUCCAAAUUCCACGCGGAACUUAUAAUAACCAGGAUGAGAUUUCAUUCAGAAAUACUCGGCGAGAUAUUUUUUUUCUCUAUUAGUGAGAGAAAGAGAAACAGAAUUUUAUUCAAAAAUGUAAAUUGAAAUAGUAAUUUUUUUUUAACAAAACAGUUUUCAUAAUUUUGAAAUUAUUUUCAAGUUUAAUGAAAAAAAAAUUUUACUUUAUGAAAACAUUUUUUAAUGAAAUUUUGAAUAAACAAAAAUAGGGAAUUGGAAAAUAUUUUUCUUUUUUUUAACUUUGUGUAAAUUUUGUUAUAAAUGAAGUUUAAGUGAUUUUAAUUAAAAUAUAAGAAAGGUAUUUCUAGUUUUUUAAUUGAUAUUUAUUCCCGAGAUUCACAAGAUAAAUGAAUCAAGCCUCGAGAUCCUAUCAACAAUUUUUACUCUUGUUCGUUGUAAGCGUAUCUUAAUGUGUUAUUACAAGUGGCGUAACUACGAGGUUGAUGAAAAUCAGGGUAGGAAGGAAAAAGCAACUUUCUUCUGUUUUUCUUUUUUACAAAAUACUUUCCUGUUAUUAAAUAUAUAUAAAAUAUAUAUAUAUUUAAGGUAUAUCGAUAUUUAUUGUAAGUUAUUAAUGUUAAAUCUUCCAAGACUCCUAUUAAAUAUAUAAAUAUAAUAUAGUCUUCAUCUUUCUCAGAGAGAAAAAUUUCAUUUAAUAUACGUUGGAAGUUGAAAAAUUGUUAAAUUUUGUUUUAAAAAAAUUAAUUUAUUUUUUAUGGUAGUUUAUCACUUACAGUCUUUUUCCAAAAAAUUUACAUAAAAUAAAUUACUUUAUCCAAAUUUCAAAAGGAAAAUAUAUUGCACUUUUAAUUCAUUAACAAUAAAAUUCAAUUGCAUUAAAUUCCAAAUUGAUUAGAAAAAAUUUAAUUUCUGAGACUGUAAAAUGCCAUAAAAAAUGAAAUUUUAAAACAUCAAUUUUCCUUUCACAAAAUUAGAAGAAAUUGUAAUAAAUAAAAUUGAAUUAAAUUAAAUACAAAACAAAUUAAAUUAAAAAUUUUGUUAUUAAUUUAAUUCUUUAAUUUUAAUAAUAAUUUUCUCCAAAUAAAUAAUUAUUAUUUCAUUUCCGCUUCUUAGUUACGUCAUUUUCAGUAAGCAGCCGUCAAUUUUCAAUCUCUCCUAUAGGUAUAUUUAUAUAAAGAUGUAAGGAUUUGAUUUUUGCGAAAUAAACCCGUUGAAAUGGAAACAAAAAAAAAAAAAAAAAAACACGAAAGUUUGGAAAAAAUCGCUUCUCGAUUGUGAGCAUGAAUAUGUGUGUGUAUGUAUGUAUGCGUGUUUGUGUGCAGCUAAAACACAACGCGGGUAUCAGUGGCAACGAAGUUAUUGCUAAGUGUAGAUGUAAUCUUUAAGAGUUUUAAAAAAAAAACCCUAUUGGAGCGAGCGUAAAACGCUUUUGUCUCUAACCGAGAAAAAAAAGAGUAUUUCAAUCAGAAAAAAAACUGCAAAUACUUUUAUCCUAUAACACGAAAAUUUGUUACAUUACAAAUUUUUCGAAUUUGUACCGGAAAAUAAACGAAACGGUGUGAAACAAAAACAAGGAAAUUGCGUGGAACAAAUAGAGAAUCAUUUUAUUAAGAAAAAAAAGAAGAGAAUAAUCGGGUGACUUGAAAAAUAAUUUCCCCUCGAAAAAAAAGAAACUCUUCCUUUUUUUAUUGGAGAAAUAAUUUUUUUUUCUUCCAAAAAAAAAUCAAAAUAAAAUUUGGCAUUUCAUUUCUUUUUUGUUUUAAAAAAAAAGAAAGGAAGAGAAUUUUUAUAGGGAAAUUAUAUUUUUAAGCAAAGUGCCACUGAAUGGAUAUCUAUUUAGCGAUUUAAUAGUUAUAAUCUGUACAAGAUGUGUAUAUAUAUAUUAUACAUAGUAAAUAUAUAUAUGCAUAUAUUUUUCGUUUCUCACUGUGAUGAAUACAUGAUUAUUAUAUAAAUAUUAAGAUAUUAAAGCAGUUUGAGUGUUGUUUUUUCUUGCCACUGUAAAGUAUCAAAUAUUAUGAAUAUUAUUGACUUCAUUAUAUUGUAUAAGGGUUUUCGGGGCUUAAAAAGAUGAAAAAAAAAAACAAAAAAAAUAAAUAAAAAUAAAUAUGCGUGUGUGGGCUUCUGCUUGCCUGCCUAAUUUCGAUCUAACUAUGUAAUUAAAGGGCUAUGUAUUAUAUUAAUAAAUAUACAAUACAUGCAUUUACAAAGACGUGGGAAACACGAAAAAAAGCUACACGUCUCAUAACCAACAGAUUCAAUUUGAAAAAAAAAAUUUUGAUAAAAUAUAACUAUCGUUUCAAAAAAAGAAAAAAAAAUUCUUAAUCGUGUGACGCGGCGUUUGAAUUUUUUUUCGUUGCAGGAUCGCAGAUAUGUUUGCAAAGAGCAAGUAAUAAAGUUGAUGCGCUAUCAUUUUUCAUAUCAUGUAAAACUCGUUCUCUCACGUUGCAUCGUAUUUUGAAAAAAAAAAAAAGUUUUUAUUCGAUAUUUCGCGUAUCUCUCUCUCUAUGUGUAUAAUAAAAUAAACGACGAGGGCAAAGUUAGAGAAUGAAUCCGCACAAAACUAUACGUGACAGUGCCAUUAACUUCGUAAUCCACUGUUUUUAAACGAAGAACGCGCAGUAAUUAAGGUUCACAAGUUUUCCUAAAAAAAAAAGAAACAAAAGAAUUCGAGUUUUUUGGUCUAUAUUUCCGUAGAGAGGAAGAAAAUAGAAAGAAAAAAAAAGAUCACACAACGACACUUUUUUUAGGAGAGUAAAAAUUCUUUGCGACCUUUACAAUAAAAGCGAUUCGGUUUUUAAUUUUUGCUAAUAUUUAAAAAAAGAAAAGAAAAAAAUAAUAAUCGGCAGUGAAUGCUAUUUGAACUGCUUUUUGUAUUUUCGAUCUCAUAUCUGCCUUUUCCAAACGCUAGCCGUUCGAUUUAUUAUAGUUUAUUACUCAAUACCAUUCGUGAGUACCAGUUAACAUUUGUCUGGUAUAAUACGCGCUAGCAUGUGUAAUGUUCAUUAUUAUAUUUUGAAUACGAAAUAUACAUAUUAAAAAAAAUA